GAAUUGCGCAGCAGAAGCCAACAAGUCAAACCAAUUUGAAGUGUUUGGUAUGCGGAGACAAAUCAUCAGGAGUUCACUAUGGUGUACUGGCCUGCGAGGGAUGCAAGGGGUUUUUCCGCAGAGCUCUGCAAAAUGUUGGAGACCCAGCCCGCAAGAAAUGUUUCUACACAAAGAAUUGUGACGUCAACAUGCAGACACGAAACCGGUGCCAGUACUGUCGUCUGCAGAAGUGCUUAGCUCUUGGAAUGUCCAGAACUGCGGCCAAACUAGGGCGCAGGUCAAGAAAGAUGCGAGAAAUGAUCCAAAACAUAGAGAACACACAGACAGAGCAGGCACUCCAUGGUUUACUGAGCCUGAAUGCUGACAACAGUACAGCAGUUACUGUCAUUAACUCUGAUGAACAUCCUACAAAUUUGAGCACAAGUGACUUUCAGCAUCAGGCAGAAGUGUCUCCAAGCUCUGAUCGAAACACCCAGCUGUCAGUGGCUGCUUUAUCAGUGCUUCUGAAGGAGGGCUCAACUUCAGGUCAGCUUAUUGGUCAGCCUAUGGUAGCCAACCACCAUGCUCUAGUGAUUCCCAAGCCAGAGAUGAACCUACAGGCAGUAGCUCAGGCUCAGCUGGGGGUCACCGACCCAGACUUGAAGAACAGGAUCAUAACACUAAUGCAGCAGGCAGCAGCAGAAUCUACCAGUGGUAACAAUGCUGGCAGACAAGAAGAGGAUCAGCCUCUUAUGUUGAAAGUGCAGAGAAGUUCUCCAUCAUCUUUAGGUAUUGUGUCCUCAUCAGGAAUGCGAUCAUCACCUUUGAUGUCAACAGCUGCCACAUCCAAAGUAACAGUGAUUCAGCAUCAUAGGCCAAGCCCAGGAGACAGUCAGCAGAAUCUUCACAGUCCUGGAACCAGUGAAGAUGUUGCAGACAUCAAGAGUUCAAGGGCACAAGAAACAGGAAGUUCAAGAGCUUAUAGCAGUGAACCAUUGCCAACUUCAACAUAUAUUGACAAUCUUUUCAAAUCUCAGCAGAUUUACACUAUACCAGGUUCAUCAAAUCAGCUCUACAUCAAAAUGGAGAAUGGUCAGAUAGAGCCCAUUGGUCAUUUUGAAACGGUUGGCAACUCAACAGUUGUGUCCAAAGUAAUGCUCCCUUCAUUUGUCUCUGCUUCAUCCGAAUCGCUAUCCUAUCCCAUGUCGCUUCCAGCUUCAGUUUCUUUAACUUCCAGUACAUCUACAAACCCUUGUGUUCCCCAUAAUCUAGUAGUUAAUGAGAUUAAUUCACAAAUGUCUGAAGAAUUGCCUCAAAUGGCUGGCAGUUACCCAUCUGUGAUAGUUUCUUCUAACAGUUCCAGUCUUGAUCUGCGCAAGAAAUUUUCCGCAGUGGAGCAGUUCAUUCGCAGCCCUAUCAAAAAGAGACCCUACUUUCCAAACACAGGACCUGACGACCUGAGUCAGCCAGCCACUUCAUCUGGUUUACAAGCUUCCCCAACUGUAUCUUCAGUAACCACGUCUAGCAACAAACGAGGAUCCUCAGAAUCCAAACCAAAACGUCGACGUAAUAAUAACAAUAACAGUAACACUAACAAUGUCUCAGAGUCAGUGGCUGUUUCAUCCAUAGGCAGACAUGCUACAACUGUUAACACAAUCAGCAAUAGCAGUACAGCAGCUGAUGGUUUCUCCACCAGUCUGUCUGUAUCUGUAUCACAGAAAGUCAAUUCUCCAGUUCUGUCUCACAGAAAAGGCAGUUUUGUCACUUCUAACACAGACAGUGAAGGCCACGGUGCUGUCAACACCACCAAUGCUUCAAUUAUGGAGUAUUUCUCACAGAGCCUUCAGCAGCAGCAGCAGUACCUCCAGCAAGAGCAUGCCCAGCAGAGUUUCAACAACAGCUUAGCAGUUCAACCAGCAGGGAGGAGUGAUAGUUUUUCUGGGAGGAGUGAUAGCUUUUCCAGACUUGGUCGUCCACUAGACAAAGAAGAAAUUAAACUGACCGUCCCUUAUAUGGUGUCAAGGCUGAAUGACUCCUAUCAGACAACUUUUACCUUCCUGAAGACAAAACUGGUGGAGAUGAGGCAGAAACUACAGGAGUACAUUGGAAAUAUGACCAUGGAUAAUGUUAUAGGAAAAAUAAUAUCGCAGCAUUUGAAGUCAGGAAGCCAGAGAACCAGCCCAGGUGAAAUGUGUUGGCACCACUUCCAGAUGCGGCUGAACAGAACCAUUGAAGAUGUGGUUUGCUUCGCUAAAAAGAUUCCUGGCUUUGCUGAACUAGACCAAGAUGACCAGAUCAGUCUCAUUAAAGGUGGAUGCUUUGAGGUUGCCUGUGUUGUGUGUGCCCCAUUUAUUGAUGCAGAAACCAAUUCCAUAUUCUUGCUAGGAAAUAGUUCUAUAGUACUAAGGGACGAGAUGAAGUGUGGCUUCCCACUAGGGGAGCAUUUUGUUGAACUUCUCUUCAACCUCUCAAACCGACUAAAUGCUUUUAACCUGAGAAACUCUGAGAAAGCAUUGUUUAGUGCACUGGUCUUGAUAUCUCCAGACCGACCUGGAUUGAAAAAUCGUGAGAAAGUCAGCAAACUCCAGGAGCUUCUAAUUCAAGCUCUGCAGUCUGAGAUAACUCUGUCGCACAAAGAUGAGGGAGGUCUAUUUCCCAGACUUCUCAUGUCCAUCUCCAGCCUUCGUGAACUUGGUGUUGAGCACAGGCGAAUGCUGGAAUCCCUCAAGGGACAAAUGAGUUUUCCUCACGACCUGUAUGCAGAGACCUUUGACCUUCUUCCAUGA